AUGAAAGCCGCUUCUGACCAGUUAGGCCGUGUUCUCACGCCGGAAGAUCUACAACAACUAUUCUUGCGCAAUUACAAGGUGCUUGGACGGGAUGACUAUGUGUGUAAACACAGCGCUACAUCCACUACCGAUGGCGACAUUGAUGUUCGCGCGACGAUUGUCGAUGACGGGAUUUUUCGUUAUACUGAUGGCAAGGGACCAUCGGUAUCGGCUGCGUUGUCUAAUGCCCUCGCUGUCAGGACUGGCCUGCAAAUUUCUUUUGAGGUAUACCAUUACAAAUGGGUGGAGAAUGAGCAGGAGCAGGAUAUGAAGAUUGCAAUGUGCAACCUGAACCAAGGGAAGUUCACGUCGUGGGGUGCAAAGCUUGGCUCAACGCUGGAUGCUGAGCUGCUAGCUUGUCUUUCUGCUCUGCCGAAGCUAGAGGGUAGCGCCCAGAGCGCAAUGAUUUUUUUCCAUAACCAGAAGAUGGGCUGA